CGGGGCUACGGGUAUUGCCCUGACGUCAGCGAGCAGGAAGCGGAGACCUAAAGUAACUGGGCCGCUGAAGCGAGGGGGUCCCUGGGCCGCGCGGCUCUUCCUCUGCCAUGGACGGUGCAGCGCAGGAACAAGAUGCGGUGAAGUUCGCGCAGCUGGCCGUUCAGAAAGACCAAGAAGGGAAAUACCAAGAAGCGGCGUUUUACUACAAGGAAGCUGCACAAGCCUUGAUUUAUGCUGCAAUGGCAGGAUCAACCUUAGAAAAUAUUCCAGGGAAAAUAAGUGAAUAUUUAGAAAGAGUUCAAGCUUUAUAUACUGCAGUUCAAUUGCAGAAAGUUGAUCCCUUGAAAUCAAAGCAGCAACUGGACUUGGAGCGUGCCCAUUUCCUGGUUACCCAAGCUUUUGAUGAAGAUGAAAAAGGCAACAAUGAGGAAGCUAUAGAGCUGUACACGGAAGCGGUGGAGCUCUGUUUGAAAACAUCUAAUGAAACAUCAGAAACAGUUCUUCAAAUCAAACUGAAGCAACUAGCUCGACAGGCAUUGGACAGAGCUGAAGCACUGAAAAAUUCAAAGGCAUCUCAGAAAGACAAGCCAGCUCCAGUGAAGCAAGGUCAGCUAGUGAGAACUUUUUUCCCAUUGGGACCUGAUUUUUCCUUGAAUGAUAAGCCACAGUCCAUCAGACCUGUUCAUGCUAGUGAACCUCAAGGUCAGCGAUAUACUGUGGAGGAGAUCCAAGUACUCAGGAAGACAUCAAAAAUAAAUGGCAUUGAAUAUGUCCCUUUCAUGAGUGUUGACCUGAGAGAACGUUUUGCUUUUCCAAUACCUUUCUCAGAUAAAUGUGGCCCAUUGCCGUUGUCUCCUAAGCAAAAGACCAUGUUUUCUCGUUGGGUGCGGCCAAACGAUAUAACAAAUAAUCCCACUAUGAUCUAUACUGUGUCAAGCUUCAGCAUUAAACAGACAAUUGUUUCAGAUUGUUCCUUUGUUGCUUCACUUGCUAUCAGUGCAGCUUAUGAGAGAAGAUACAACAAGAAAUUGAUUACAAGCAUCAUUUACCCACAAAAUAAAAAAGGAGAACCUGAAUAUAAUCCAUGUGGAAAAUACAUGGUCAAGCUGCACAUCAAUGGUGUCCCUAGAAAGGUAGUCAUUGAUGAUUUGUUACCAGUAGAUCACAGUGGAGGACUUCUCUGCUCCUAUUCAAACAACAAAAAUGAGCUUUGGGUAUCAUUGAUAGAAAAAGCUUACAUGAAAGUCAUGGGAGGUUAUGAUUUUCCAGGUUCAAAUUCGAAUAUUGAUCUUCAUGCUUUGACUGGUUGGAUACCUGAGAGGAUUGCCAUGCACUCAGACAAUCAAACAUUUAACAAGGAUAGUUCCUUUAGAAUGCUUUACCAAAGAUUUCACAAGGGGGAUGUGCUUAUCACAACAGCUACAGGAGUGAUGACUGAGGAAGAAGGGGAACGUUGGGGUUUAGUACCAACCCACGCCUAUGCCGUUUUGGAUAUUAGAGAAUACAAGGGUUUUCGCUUCCUCCAGUUGAAAAAUCCCUGGAGCCACCUACGUUGGAAAGGGAGAUACAGUGAAAAUGAUAACAAAAGCUGGACUCCUGAACUUCAGAAAUACUUAAACUUUGAUCCCAGAACAGCUCAAAAAAUAGACAACGGAAUUUUCUGGAUUGCUUGGGAAGAUUUAUACAAGUAUUAUGAUGUUAUUUAUUUGAGUUGGAAUCCAGCUCUUUUUAAGGAAUCCACCUGCAUUCACAGUACCUGGGAUGCAAAACAGGGUCCUGUGAAAGAUGCUUACAGUUUGGCUAAUAAUCCACAGUACAGACUGGAGAUUCAGUGCCCACAAGGUGGUGCUGCAGUUUGGGUUCUACUCAGUCGACACAUUACUGACAAGGAUGACUUUGCACACAACCGAGAAUUCAUUACAAUGGUGGUCUAUAAAACUGAAGGGAAAAAGGUAUAUUACCCUGCUGAUCCUCCACCAUACAUUGAUGGGAUUCGAAUCAAUAGUCCCCACUAUCUAACCAAAAUAACACUCACUUCUUCAGGAACUCACACAUUUACACUUGUGGUUUCUCAGUACGAAAAACAGAACACAAUUCAUUACACCCUCAGGGUGUAUUCAGCCUGCAAGUUUACCUUUUCUAAGAUUCCAACACCAUAUGCUGUAUCAAAAAGAGUGAAUGGACAGUGGAAAGGUCGCAGCGCUGGAGGAUGUGGAAAUUUUAGAGAUACUUGCAAGAAUAACCCUAUAUACCAGUUUCAAGUGGACAAGACUGGGCCACUCCUGCUUGAACUAAGAGGACCAAGGCAGUACAGUGUUGGACUUGAAGUUGUAACAGUCUCUUUAAUAGGAGAUCCGGGAUCUUUGGGUUUUCAGAAGAAAAAUAGUGGUGAUUACAGGUGUGGCUUUUGCUAUCUGGAAAUUGAGAAUAUAUCUCCUGGUACUUACAAUAUUAUUCCAAGCACUUUCCUCCCACAACAAGAAGGACCAUUUUUCUUGGACUUCAAUACUGCUAUCCCUCUUAAAACAUCACAGCUGCAAUGAGGUUACCUGCAAAACCAUUUUUAAUAAAAAUGGCAAAAUAUAGCUGUCACACUGAAGAACUCUCUAAGAACCUACUGAGAAAAUGUUUAUGUGGGAUACAGAAAGGGAAUGUGGACUGUCAUAAGACGAAUUACACUCAAAAUUAGAGCUGCCUAAUCUUCAUGGUUUGCAGAACAGUGGAAAACAUGGAUUUCUGUUAUUUGUGCUGUGGCAAAGUUGAGGCAAGCAAAAAGAUUUGCUCAUGUACCCUGAUAUUUUGCAUGGCUUUGUUUAUACAAAAUUGGACAUAUAUGUGUGUGUGUGUGUGUGUGUGUGUGUGUGUGUGUGUGUGUGUUUUCUGAGGUUUUCGCGGGUGUUUGUAUGUAGGUCUUUGGUUAUAAAAUUGCAAGUGUCUUGGCGCCGUUUCGACGAAGUCUCAUUCGACGAAGCCUAACAGCCAUUUGGAAACCCGCCCUCAUUGACAAACGAGUCCCUAACAUAAAGAAUGACACCAGACCCACACUCACGAAAACCAUACAGGAUGUCACCACCACACAUCCAUGCAAAAAGCAAACCCACACUGAUGAGGCACGACCACAAACCAGAAACCAGACCACAGCUGCAUCAUUAGCCACUUUAAACCCCUCCAAUCCAUACAUGAAGCAAACUGACACCCACCAUGAAGAUGUGGCACGACCACGAACGCAAUGCCAAACAACAGCAAUGCAGCUCACCAGCUCAAAUCCCCCUGCAACUCAGACUAACCCAAGCACAACCAAGCCCCCACCUAAACAGAACACACCCCCAUCCAAUCAGAGUACAGCCAACCCCCCAUCCAGUCAGAGCAUAGCCAAACCCCGAACCAAUCAGAACACACCUCCACCCAAUCAGAACACAGCAAGCUUCCACCCAAUCAGUUCACACCCCCACUGGCAGUUAAAAGGAAGAAACAGCUGCGAUCACACAUUGCUCCUAGAAGCACGAAGCCGAAAACACCAGCCUGAAGAUGACGAAUGAGACUUCGUCAAAAUGUCGCCAAGACACUUCCAAUUUUACGCUGGAGAAAACCCGAAUAACCAGAAAAAUAGCCAUUUUUCCUACUGCCUUGUUGAGUACAGUAUCAGCUGAUUUAUCUGAGGAUGGAGUAAAAUUGAUGCUUAUCUAUCACUGCUUGGUGGCCACAACUAUCUUCAUACAAGGGUUGAAAGAAUUGGAUAUAAAGAAUCUAUAAAUCUAUGGCAUACUUUAUAGAUCUUGGUUCUUGAUUUAUCAUACAUGUUUGUCAAAGUAUAGGGCAUGACUGAUAUAUUUUCUUUGAGUUAAAAACUGCAUCUUUAGACUAAAACUCAUUUCCAGUUUUUAUUUCAUGAGCUCUGUUAUAAAAUCCUCCAAUAUAGUUUCACACCAGAAAUUCAAUUGUAUUAAAACUAUACCUAAACACUUGAACUCUUGCUAUUAUAGCCGAUUUCCCCAACACCUUGAGAAAUAAUGAGUCUUCUACACCAUCAACAGUACUUGUUACAUGUGUAGAGUUCACAGAGAAAUAUAUUACUGUGUGAAUGGUUGGAUGGAUGGGAUUACAGAAAACUAGCCCAGAGCCCAUUUUUUCCUCUUUUAAUCCCUGGAGUCGGGGUGAAGGAGUGGAGCUGGGCGCUUACUGACCAUAUGCCCUUCCUGACACCUAUGUGGAGUUCACAGCAGAUAUUUUUUCUGUGUCCUGAUAAACAUCUGCCGCUACCUAGGAUUGAACCCUCAACCUUCCAAGUAGGAGGUGAGCCUCUUUACCUCUUGGCCCUGGUGCUGCUCAAACCGAGAGCCUAUUUGGUUUCUUAAAUUUAUAAAACAGGUGAAACAGAUGUAAUUCUGUGAAGUAAACUAGAUAGCCAAGGUCUUUUUGUUGUAUAUUUCAAUGAUAAGUAUGCUGGUAUAUCUGAUUAAUUAUUCUUAGCUUGAUUUUAUCUAUGCAAAAGAAUAAUAUCAUUUUUCAGAGCUUUCCCUUGGGCCCUUAAAACCAAAGUAAACUUUCUGUGCAUCAGUCUUCUGAUUGGACAGAAAGAUUAAAUCAAACUGUCUCCAAUAUAAACUUCAUUUUAAAUCUAAGUUUAGUUAGGAGUGGUCAAUAUUUUUAAACAUUAAAAUGAAACACAAGUUUGGUUAGGCAAAUUUAUUAAGAACCUUGCGUCUCCAAUAAAAGAAAGCCUUAAAUCUUUGAAGAUAGUUGCAAGAUAGGACUUCAUAGCACAACCAAGCCUUUUCCCUUUCAACAGCCCAAACACCAGCCAUGCUCCACCAAGCAAGAGAUUUCUUAACAAUGAGUGCAGCUUCCUAGAAGUGAACUUUAAACAGAUCAGCACUAUGGAUGUUAAAAGUUGAUUAAAGGGAGGGCUCCCACGGCACUUAUCAACUUCAUGACUGCAUGCUCCUUCUGGCUCCUCACGCAAGGCCACAAAGCCAUGCUUUUACUCCUUUUCAAAAACUAAUUAAUGAGAUUGUCAUUAAUUGUGUUAUAUAGGCAGACCUUGAGUUGUUAAGUCAGUAAACAAAUAAAGAACACUAUAACUGAUUUAAGGAUGAA